AUGGAGAGAUCAAACAACAUAGAGUUGAGGAACAGCUUCUACGGCCGUGCAAGAACUUCACCAUGGAGCUAUGGUGAUUAUGAUACUUACCAACAAGACCAUGAGUAUCUUCUAGGGUUUUCAUGGCCACCAAGGUCCUACACUUGCAGCUUCUGCAAAAGGGAAUUCAGAUCGGCUCAAGCACUUGGUGGCCACAUGAAUGUUCACAGAAGAGACAGAGCCAGACUCAGAUUACAACAGUCUUCAUCAUCAUCUUCAACACCUUCUCCUCCUUACCCUAACCCUAAUUACUCGUACUCUUCCAUGGCAACCUCUCCUCCUCCUCAUCAUCAUUCUCCUCUAACCCUAUUUCCAAACCUUUCUCCCCCGUCCUCGCCAGAAUAUAGGGCAGAUGUGGUCCGUUCCUUGAGCCCCAAGUCAGAACAUACACCAGAAAACGCUUGUGAGACUGAGAAAUCAUCUCUUUUAUUGGAGGAUGUAGAAGCUAAAAGGUUGAGCAAUAAAGAUGCUUGUAAGUUCUUGAGGAACGAUGAAAUCAUCAGCUUGGAGCUUGAGAUUGGUCUGAUCAACGAAUCAGAGCAAGAUCUGGAUCUAGAACUCCGUUUGGGUUUCGCUUAG